UGACCGCGUCAGCGUGGGCGGCGGCGGAGCGGCGGCGAGCGAGGGAAGAUGUCCGGGCGCGGGAAGCAGGGCGGGAAGGCGCGCGCCAAGGCCAAGUCGCGCUCGUCGCGGGCCGGGCUGCAGUUCCCCGUGGGCCGCGUGCACCGGCUGCUGCGCAAGGGCAACUACGCGGAGCGCGUGGGCGCCGGCGCCCCGGUGUACCUGGCGGCCGUGCUGGAGUACCUGACGGCCGAGAUCCUGGAGCUGGCGGGCAACGCGGCCCGCGACAACAAGAAGACGCGCAUCAUCCCCCGCCACCUGCAGCUCGCCAUCCGCAACGACGAGGAGCUCAACAAGCUGCUGGGCAAGGUGACGAUCGCGCAGGGCGGCGUGCUGCCCAACAUCCAGGCCGUGCUGCUGCCCAAGAAGACCGACAGCCACAAGGCGAAAAGCAAGUGAAACAUCGGCGGAGCGUUCCCACCUCAAAAGUAACCCAAAGGCUCUUUUCAGAGCCACCCACUUCCUCAUAAAAGGAGCUGUAUAUCCUAGUGAAUAAACUUUAAAAUCUCAAGUCUGCUCAAAACCAGAGGAAAAACUGAAGCGAACACCCCCCUCAAACACCCCAAAUCUUUGUUACGUUAGCUUUUAAAAAAUCCAGAAACACCACCCCAAAAACUUUGUAUUUUCGCUCUUAAAUUAGGAUUAAAAUUUUGAAAAAGCUGCUGUAUAGUAAAAUGUGGUUGAUAUAUGCCCGAUAAAUUUAACGCUACUUACUUAGUGAGAAAUAAGUAACUUCUCGCGGGUAGGGGUGAGAAAGAUACAAAGUUUGUUAAAAUAGUAGCAAAGAACCCAAAGCCCUACCGUUCCUAUCCUUUUCCAGCUCGGCCCUCUGUAAAGUCCGGGUAAUUCACUGAUGUCUUUAAAAACAGCCCUUCACUCUCUAAACAGCUGUACGACCUAGAUAUUGGAAGAUUUUUUGUGGAUGUUGUUGUUUGGCUGGUUGGUUUUGUUGUUGUUUUGUAUUAAAAGGCAUUCUCAGUUAUUAAUCUUUACUUAUUAAAAAUCAUAGAGCUGCUGAGCUCAUUUU